UUGGUGGAAUCAGUAUCUUCGUGGUCGAAGGACUUAUAAAUAGCCUAUUAUACGGCAUAUGAUGUUAUUGAGGACCCGAAAUAUUACGGCUUGGGCCUCUAACCUCCGACUUCUUCAUUACUGACUGGGGACAAAAGCGAGUUUUCAAGGUCGAAUUCACCUAGAUGAUCAAGUAACUAAACGUAUCUCAGUGGCUUUUAGGAAGUCCUCCAAUUCAUAUGACACCGUCAUCAAUAAGCGAUGGCAGUCUUUAUUUUAUGAACCGCCACGGGACGCAGAAGAGGAGUCUUGAUGUGCUUGGUACACACUCGAAUCUUAGGUCGGUUUACUGGCCGGCAACCAAUGCAUCGGCCGGCAAAUGUUUAUUAAUUACUCUUAGUUUCUUAGAAUUUUGAAAAUACCAUAAGGAGAUGAGUUUUGGAGAAUUCUAUCAAACACUCGGAACCAAGUUCGGUCUCCUUGAUCAACAGGAAGCUAUCGCUGGUCCUUUACUCGAAUAUGACAGUUAGAAUAUUUAAAUUUUCUUCCCGAGUGGUUAUUCAUUAAUCUGUUGUUGUUAUGGUCAAUAGUGUCUGGCUUACUGCACUCCAGAUGCACCGGUUCGAUUGUGACAUGGAGAGCGAAUUUGGCGGGGAAGGAUGAAAUUUUGGUGUGUGGUGAGCUGUUGCAGAUAUUUCAGAAGCAAUGAUAGAAGAACUUGGACCGGUGACAUAUGUGCAUAUACAGAAAUGACUUGUGGGAGGUUUAAAGUACGCUUUUUGAUAGCUCUAUCGAUGAUUGUUUGCACUUUCCAACCAAAUGUGCCAAAUUAAGAAGGCACGUCCUGUCUGUCUCGACCCUUCAACGAAGACAACACGUAAGAAGGAAUUGAAGGCAGGAGCGGCGAAUAAUUUAUUCUUACCUUUGAAUUUUGAUAGAACUUUUGAAAAUUAACAUCUAUUCGAAAACAAUUCAGUUCAUUCAUGCAUUUAUGCUUCACAAUUAACGUUGCUCACCCACAUUCCUAGUCCGCUCGCUUUCAUGGUUCAUCUACAUAACAAUUGAUACAUCAGAGACAUUAUUUUUAUUAGUGAUAUAUGCAUUUGCCAAUAUGCCUAGAAGACGGAGAUUUCUUUCUCGGCCAAGUCCCCUCCAUUACAUGGAAGCUGCAUACGAACUACCACCUCGGCCACGCUCACCGGACAUAGGGGAGACUAAUCCAGUACAAGCGUCUGACGAAAAUCUUGAUCACGACCAACAGCCUCGAGGAUCUUCCGCCGAUCAUCUCGAAAAUGAUCCAGCAUCAUCAAGUUCCAUCGACAUUCGUAGAGACUCAAUGUUCGUUGGGGUUAUACCAGACUCUGAAAAAAGUCCAGAAGCCACUCCAACAACAGGAUCUCCUUUGAUUGUCUCCAGUGAUAUGGGCCGCGAGCCUGUUGAGUCCAAUAAUCAGAUACUAAGGAAUCCUAGUUUUGCUCCUAUCAUUGAGGUUCUUCAGGAAGUUUCCGCUGACUCCGAUGAUUUGGAAGAUUCCGGCCAUAUAGAAUAUGCACCCUCCUCUCAAGGACUCGCUCAUGAAACCUCGCCCAACGAUGGACGUAUCCCCUCUGCUAGUAUCAUACGGAAAAGAGGUCUUCAUGAUCGGGGCUUUACAAGGAUCUGUCUGGGGCUAAAGACGGUAAGUGUCUGAUAGCUAAUGAGCGGAAUAACUUCCACUCCGUAGAACCCUUGCCUCCACAAACUAACAUUUGAUCAACGUAUAGGAAGAGAUUAAACGACCGCUUGAUCUCAAGGAGGCAAUUAGAAGCCUUCAACUUUCGAAGGAGCCCCUAAAUCGUCCGUGUUAAUAUCCUGAUGAAUUAUUCAAACAUGUUCUAAUCGUGAAUGAUAGUUCGCAGCCGACGACACGGUAGCGAAGAGGAAAAGGAAAUAAAGAAACCGAUACCCAAGUAUGUGUUACAUCAUGAUUCACUCGAUCAAUAUUGGGAAUUCACGGGACAAAAAUACAAGCGAUGGAUACCUUCAAUAUGCAGGCUGUGGAUACCAGAGUAUCGUGACGGGGGUGGUCAAAGACACGAUCAGCCACCUUGCCCAGCCAAUUUGUUUGAAAAGUAACUUAUCACAUUCCUAGCCAGAGCAAUUACUGAUAUUCUGUAUUAAGUGACUUACGAGCAGCUGAAUAUUUCCAGGAGCUUGACAAAUUCAACGGCUGGGUCAGCUUGGAUAUAGACCCGCUGCCAGACAUUGACCUUCGAUUGAUUAGGACCCUACCACGGAGCACACCUGCACGACCCAUGGGAACAAUGUCCCACAAGAACCUGGACUUUCGAAAACCGUCAAGGAAGUGUGCAUUUAAGCGUACAAGUAAGCGUGCAAGUAAACCCGCCAGGAAGCUACUUCUUAAGUAUAGAGUGACAAAAAGGUGUGAUUUUAAGCGUCGUCGUACUCGAAAGUUUGAAGCCGAAAUAUCACGGAUGAGGUACUUCAAAUUCAAGCCUAAAUGUAAGUUGAGCACAAUACUAGACGGGCAAAAAUUAGCAGCAAGGAGUUUCAGAGUCUGACAAUCAAGUAGAUAUCCGACGUCGCUCUAGAUCUUACUUGGAUAAUAAAGACCUCAAUGUUGAUACCAACGACAAAUCUUUAUUCCGCUGGCGAAAUCCCUCUUAUUCGGACGUACAUGUAGAUUUUUUAGCUCCUCUAGUUCCUCCUACGUACUUGGACAACGAUUACCUUAUUGAUCCUCAAAACAUAUUUUUAUACUGGGCCAUUCCUCCCUCGUUUCAUUUACCAGAAAAUGAUGCGUCAGGGGAUGAUGCAUCAGGAAAUAACGUGCAUAUUUUAGCAAGAAACUUUCCAAGUCAUCCAUCAAAAGAUCAUGUACCAAACGAUGACGGUUAUUCAACAAGAGGGUUCAAUCUUCCAAAGAUGCCGGGUGCCUAUCCAAGCUCUUCCCCAGAGUCUUUAUCAGAUGAUGAAGAAUUAGAAGCUCUAGUCGAAGUGGAGACCGACUUGCAUGGAGUCUCUCAAGUCGUACCAUGCAAAGAUUUGCACAUGGACUGUGACAAUGAUGCGCAAUCUGAUGGUUCAAGGUCCCCACGAAGACGGCCCCAGUACAUUUCUGAAAAUGGCGAGACUACGCCGCAUCCAGCCUUUCGGAAAUAUGAAUUUAUUGUGAACUUAGCCCAAGGAGUCACUAAUUCCAAUAAGCCCGACCCGUUUAGGCGCCUAUUCUCCGUGGCUAGAAUUCAGAAUGACACCACAGAAGAUCGCAAAGCUAGAAAACGUCGGCGGAGCGAGAUAAUUCGAGACGACAGUUCAUCUGAUGAGGAUUGGGAUGCUCAGGGGGAGCCUAGAAAGAUUCUUCGCCUACAUUUAAGUGAAGUAACCAAACAUGGCAAGCCGUGGGAGCCGCUGACUGAUGAAAAGGCGAGAGAAUUGAUGGCGAGGGGAAGAGCUGAAAAUUAUGUUUCCGUUUGGCAACGAUCAGGUCAUCCCAAUGGCUCGGCUGGCAUUCAACCAGAAAAAGAAGUCACUAGUGCGCCUGUAAGGCCGCGGAUCACUCGAGGACAGCCAAUGAAUAUAGAUGAAGGUGUUGAUAUGGGUGCAAUCGAGACUAAGAUGAAGACAUUGCCCCAAAAUUUGUCGGUUCGCGAUCUGCGUGAGUUACAUUACAGGGCAAACGUUAUUUGUAACUGGAACGCUAGCAACAAAUGGGCCCAGGGCAGCAAUAUCGCGCCAAAAGCGCAAAAGAUGAAGAGAGAAAUGCAAGAAAUUCGAGACAAAGCUGUUUCUACUGAACCUCUAGCCACAGUGGAUGAUCGGCAUCGAGCGGCGAUAUUGAUAAAAUACAUUAUAGAUACUGGCGUUUCUGUAAACGGAGCCGGCGAAAAUAACCCUGCGGAGGAUUGGGCUUGGUUUCAUGAUAUAGAGUAUGAUUACGAUGCAGCAUACACCGCUGUGGAGACGGAGUUAGAACAGCUGGCAGCAGAGAUCAAAAAUAUUCCUGAGGGCUGUACGAUAAGAAAGAAGAAAGAAGAACAAUAUAAGCAGCUGGAGGACCAAAAAGAAGCUAUAGAGAUUAGAGGUGAGUUUUAUGACGAUGAGGGAAUGGACAAUAAGGUGUGGGAGAAUCCUUGCUAUGACGGUAAAUUAGUGCCAGGAGACUCACGCCUUAACGCCGAAUAUGGUAGUGCAAUAGCUAAGUGGCAAAAUCCGACAACGGACGAAGAUUCUGAGUUGAAAUAUGCAUUGGAGCUAUCCAAGGCUAUGUUUGAAGAAAACAACAUUCAAAAUUCCGUAGCUGCGUCUUUAAAUAAAGCCAAUUUUGUUGAAUCAAUGAAUCAAGGUCCUAGCCAUUCAGUAGUUCUGCCACCGAUCAACAAAUGGCAAGACAGCCUACUGGAUGAAAAGGCGCAGCUGGAGAAAGCCAUCGCUAUGUCGCUGGCAGAGUCUCGAGGGGAAGAUAUGGAGCAGUACGACGAUGAUUACUAGAUCAGUUCAGACGAGGCUAGAUGGAAGGAGGGAAAAUGAAGAGGAAAGAAGUUCGGCAAGCUAAGUACGAAAGGAAUGUAAGUCUAUUUACUAUCAAGUACUGUCUUCGGUGUUACUGACUAUUCUCAUAGAAGUGACGGUAUUCAAUUUUACAGCGUUGGUAAUGUAUCGUAAGCGGGUUUCGGUUUCACCCCUUGGAUUGU